AUGGCAACGAACGGUAACCUGAACCACACCGACCAAUCCCUAGCUGGCCCUACGAUCGUGGCCCCCAGUACCGCCGCGCAAACCAUCGAGCAAUCCGGCGGCGCUGGCUCUAACAGCAACCUGGGCAAGGAUGAAGUCGCCUGGUUCUUUGUUGAGCAGUACUAUACCACCCUUAGCAAGAACCCGGAGAAGCUCCACCUAUUCUAUUCGAAGCGCUCUCAGUUUGUCUACGGCCUAGAGGCUGAGGUGGCCAAUGUCUCUGUUGGCCGGCAGAACAUCCAGGAUCGCAUCAAGCAGCUUGACCUCCAGGAUUGCAAGGUCCGAGUCUCCAACGUUGAUUCCCAAGCCUCCUAUGACAACAUUGUCAUUCAAGUGAUCGGCGAGACUUCCAACAAGGCCGGAGACCCCAAGAAGUUUGUCCAGACAUUUGUUCUCGCCCAGCAGCCAUCGGGGUACUUCGUUUUGAACGACAUCCUUCGCUACAUUGAUGAGGAAGGCGAAGAGGAGCCCGCCGAGCUUACUCAGGAUGAGCAAGUGGAGUCCAAGGUGCCGGUCGUCUCCGAAGCUAAGGAAGACUUAGAGGUGUCGUCAACCGAACCCGCGGAGACACCUGUUUCGUCCGGAACCGACGUUGCCGACAAGAAGCCGGAGGAAGUUAUCAUACCAGCCGCCGAGGACGUCGCCCCAGCCAAUGGUGAGGUAUCUACUGACACUUUUGACACUGAUGUAACCGUGGUUCCCGAGGCUGUCAAACAACCGGAGACCGAGUCAGUCCCCGAUGUCGAGCCAAAACCCGAAGAGCCCGCUCCCGAGGAGGCCAAAGAGGUCGAAAAGCUAGUAGAGCCAGCCCCAACGCCCGUUCAGACGCGUCCAUCACCUGCACCUGUUGCUGCGCCUGUUGCCGCGCCUGUUCCUGCCCAGCCACCUAAGCCGAUGACUUGGGCGAGCCGCGCCGCCGCAGCGGCCCCUCGACCUGUGGUUCCCCUCGCUGCUGCAAAGACCCCGACCCCUGCCGCCGCCCCACCAACCCGGCCUAUUCCUGUUGCGGCUCCUCAACCGGCCGUCUCUCAAGCGCCUGCUCCCGCGCAAGCCCCCGAGACUCAGACUCCUGCUGCGCCAGCCAAGGACCCCUCCGCCGAAUGGCAGACGGCUGGUAGCGAUUCGAAACGGCAGAACCGACCUCAAUCCGUCUCCGGACCCCAGCUCGAGAAGGAAAGCACCAUGGGCUACGUCAAGUAUGUUACUGAGAAGGUCAAGUACGAUGAUCUGAAAGCAGCGUUGGCCCAGCAUGGCGAGUUGCUCUAUUUCGAUAUCAACCGUUCAAAGAAUUGCGCAUUUGUCGAAUUCGCCACGGUGGCCGGCUACCAGGCCGCCGCCGCCGCCAGCCCGCACGUGGUUAAUGGAGAGAAUAUCGUGGUAGAGCCCCGACGCCCUAAGGCUGCUGCCUAUGGCGGCAGCAACUAUACGGCGGGACGUGGCAACGGACAGAAUCGCUCCGGACGCGGAGGCUUCGAGGGCCGGACCGGAAACCAGAAUGGACGAGCUAAUUACGGUGGCCAAGGUCGUGGUAGGGUUGGUGGCGCACCUCGGGGUAGAGGUGCUUCGCAAGCUGCCAACGCUUGA